UGAUUAUGAACGGGAGUAGUAAAUGUUCUGCAGACUGCAGAUAGUACACACAAAAGUGUUCGUACGGUUCUGGUUAUUUAAACUUCAUUGCAUUCCGUGCAUAACAGCGUUUUAGUAAAUAAUAAUGAUGGAGCAAACUGAAAACGGUGAGGACACUAAGAAGUUAGCUGACAACCCUGAUGGAACUCAAAAAGACACACAGGAGGAAUUUAUCGGAGAUAAUAUGAAUAAACAGAAAACCUGCAGUCCGACAAAGGGUGAUCCACCUGGAGUUUUUGAAGUAAAGGAAGGAGAUUGGUAUACUUUAAAACUAGAAAUUGGCUGCAACUUUUCGAACAAUUGGUCGGAAACAAAAUUCGGCGAGAAGAUGUGUAUUAAAAUUGUUGUUGAGGGAGCACAAGAUGCUGUACGUGAAGCCAAAACAUCCAAAAGGAAAUCGUUCGAGUUUCACUUAAAAGAUUAUGAAGAAAACGAAAUGGAAAUAUAUUUGAUGAAAGGCAGUGUAAAAAAGGGCAGUGUUAUCGCCUCAACUAAAAUCAAGCUAAGUUUAAAGGAAUUGCUCGAAAGGAAUAUGGACAAAAUCAUAGACAUCCACAAGGGUGCCACAAUUCAAGUACAAAUGACGGCGGGACCCGACCAUUUAGGAACACAAUUGUUGCUUGGACAUAGGCUUUGUGAUGAAGAAAAGGAUUAUAUUAACGAAAGGCUAAAAUAUUGUUUGGGCGUGAUGAAGGAAGAACUAAAAGACCAUGCCCCAGCUGAAAGUACUUGGGUUCCAAGAAUAGCUGUCAUGGGAUCUGGUGGUGGAUUACGUGCUAUGACUGCAUUUUCUGGUGCCAUGUCCGCCCUGGCGGACUCUAGAAUAGCAGAUAUGGUUAUGUAUAACGUAGGUCUCUCUGGUUCGGCUUGGUACCUUUCAACUCUGUAUUCCCAUCCUGAUUGGCCUCUAGAGAAGUCUACACGUGACCUUCGUUUAAAGUUACGAAAACGCAUGCAGUCCAGUACGAUUAGUAUGAUUGUUAAUUGUUCGAACGUGUGCGGGUCGAUUUACGACUAUUUCGUAAAACCGACAUACUCCCUCACGAAUAUUUACGGACGUGUCAUAGGAAACAGACUCCUUAAGAAGGAGAUGAAUUCAACAUUGACAAAUCAACAAGUUAAAGUGAAAAAAGGAUUAGUUCCCUUGCCAUUAUAUGCAGCUGUUAAUGUGAAAAGGAAAACUUCAGCAAAGGUGUUUCAUGAGUGGAUUGAGUUUAGCCCCUUUGCGAUAGGCAUGCCAAAGUAUGGGACCUUCUUGGAACCAAAGUUGUUCGGAAGUGAAUUCUUUUCAGGCCGCGUACUUAAACAAUUUGAAGAAUUUCCAUUGCAUUUUCUUCUAGGUAUCUGGGGAAGCGCGUUCUGCAUUUUGUUAUAUCGGUUCAUCCAAACUAACCAGGAGGCCACAAACGUACUGGAAGAAAGAACUUUUAUUGAAUCAGAAGUAGAAAAAUACCUCGAACCAGAAGCGGAGACAACCUCGAGAGGUGAUAAGAGAAAAACAAGAAUUGAGAGGAUAAUGGAACACCCUUCUCUAGACAGGUUCACUAAUGAUAUUCAACACAGGGCGGCUGUUGUAAAUAACUUCAUGCGUGGUCUUCAACUGCAGAAAUACCGACCAUCUACAAAAAUAAGACCGGAUGGAAACCUUUUUGCAGCCAUUGAAUCAACUGAAGGACUGUUUGAGGAGUUGCAUGAAAUGAACCCCACAGAUACGGAGAAGAUGUAUGUAGUGGACGCUGGCUUGGCAUUCAACUCUCCGUUUCCUCUAAUACUACGACCAGAACGUGAGGUUGAUCUCAUCCUGUCAUUUGAUUUCAGUGCAAGAAAACGUGACCAAGCAGACCCAUUUACAGAACUACGACUAGCCGCUGAGUGGGCAAAACUUCAUGAGAUUCCCUUUCCUGACAUCAACACUCCUGAAAUUGGUAAAGAAGGAUAUAAGGAAUGUUAUGUCUUUGAAAACCCUGAUGAUCAUACUUGUCCGAUUGUCAUGCAUUUCAUUCUCAUCAACAAUGAAUUCAGGAAGUUAAAAUCACCAGGCUUUCUCAGAGAAACGAAGGAAGAGAUAGAUUUCGGUGACUUUGAUGUUUUUGACGAUCCGGAUGAACCUUAUUCAACAUCUAAAUUUAAAUACUCAGCACAAGCUUUCGACCGACUUGCCAGCCUUAUGGAAUUCAACACACUACUCUAUAAGGAUACGAUUUUCGAAAACAUAAAAAAAAGUGUAGUAAACCGUAAAAAAAGAGAGCUUUCGAAGUUAUGAAUUGAUGUUUCAGGUGCAGGUGACAAAAAUGAGUGACCGAUUAUAUAAACUCCUGUGAAAAUGUCUGACAUAUUUUGUCCUAGAAUUAAUAUUUUCUUAAUUUUUCUAAAUGUUUUGAUAGAUAUGGAACGGCUUAAAGUAGGAAGGUUUUAAUUUCAGGAAUAAUUUGUAUUCUAGUAAACUAUAAAUAGAUAUAACUUUAAGAAAAAAUUAAAGUAUGCAAAUGUGUUAGUAUGCGUUUGCCUGUGGAUGCUGUAAAAAUGCAACUAUGUAGUGUACUGCGUGUAUUAAAGGAUUUUGACGAAACAUUUUGUCCCGCCUUUAAGGUUGCUGUUCCGUAGGCAAACAAAAGAUUAGUUCCUCGAAAACUAAACAUAUAUUUUCGAAAACAAAGACCUGCAACAGGUUUUGCCAAUAUCAGAUUACUGCAUGACAACGCGUCAUCGCACUAAAUGUCUACAGUGCAAUAUUGGUAAAUCUGUUAUAAUGAAUAGACUAUAAGAAUGCAUUCAAAGAUUGGAUCCGAAGACUUUUCAUAUAUGUUGGAGGUGUAUAUUUUGAGAGAACAAAAUGAAAAAUUAAAUGAAAACUAUGAUGAAUCUUAGAUGCAUUCAACUUGGAACACUUCUAACAAAAAUCCACGUAGGUGUGAGGCAUCUAAGCACGCAACUAAAACCCUAUUAAAUUAGGAAAAUCCCACAAAAAGAUAUAAAAACUUCAAUCGGCACAAAACUCGAACAAUUCCAAUCCACAGUUUAUUUCAAUAUAAACCUUCAUUUUCUAAUACAAACAUAGGUUAACAAUAUAUGAAUGUUUAUAUAUCUAUACGAAUCUUUGUAUAUCUCUACAAGUAGCUGAGUGUAUUGCUAUGUAUAAUUGUAUAUAUCUAGAAAGUAGCUGUGUGUAUUACUUUAUUAUAAUGUAUGUUUGUAUUUCUCUAGAUAGUAGUUGAUUGUAAAACUAUGUGUGUUUGUAUAUCCCUUAAAAUAUUACUACAAGUAUAUCUCUAGAAGUAAUUGAUAAUUAUCAACAUGUGACUGUAUAUCUUAUACAAUUGUCAGAAAUAAAUCCUAUUUUGUCUAGAAUGGCGAAGAAAUAUUCAUUUAAGUCCAAUAAUUUUUACAGCAAAUGGAUAUCAUAAUAAUUAUUUUAGUACAAAGAUAGCCAAAAUUUUGAUCAAAAUGUUGCGGUUUUAUCAUUUUAACAAUAAAAUAAAUGAAUAUCUUACAUAGACCAAUUACCUUUAAUCAUAAUAAAUUUAAAAAAAAAUCAAAUUUUAUUUCAAAGAUAAACUCUUCAAGUUCUAGCCAGACAAUUUUUCUUUCAUUUUGUGGCAUUUUGUUCGUCUUUUCUUCUUGAUAUACGUAAUAAGAUGCUCAGAAGUAAGUGUAAAAUCAGGAUUUAUUUGUUGGAGUUAUUUGAUAAACAUCAAUUUGUAUAUUGCUAAAAAAUGUCAGAAAUUAAUCCAAAUGUGCCAAGAGUUACGAAGAAAAAAUUAUAUUAUUCCACUUAUUUUUACAGUAAAUUAAUGAAACACCGUUAGUAGUCUUACAAUAAAUAAACAAUAUAUUAACUUCACAAA